CACACUUCUAUAACUUACCUUCUCGCCAUAUAAUUUUUCACUUCCCUAAAUGUCGGCUCCCACCACCGCACCAGUACUUACCCCAGAUCAGGCCCGCUUGGCAGCUCUCAACAGGCUAAAAGCCAAGAACAAGCUCACUGCAAAUACUACAGGCGGCAACGCUGCGGGGCCAAGUAACGGCAAUCAUGGCAACGCUGGACCAGCGUAUGUCAACAGGAGGGAAGCGAUACCGUCAUCGGCUAGGAAUAUGGUUCAGCAACAGGCGGAGGCAGACAAGGCAAAACCAUUGCCUUUACGGCGUGAUCCUUCUCUGGGGAAAUACUUUGAAUACGAUCUCUCCAAGAUGCGAAACUCCAGAGGAGGUUUUCUGACAGAAGAAGAUAAAGAAGGUGACCGAAUUAAAUCUGUUGCGGAAUUAGCGAGGGAGAAGGAGAGGCAGUUGCAGAUGAUAAGGGAAGGGGAAGAACCGGCGAUCAUACCCGAUCGGUCACCGAGAUGUGUGGAGUGUGGGACGCUGGAGAUUAAUUAUCAGUUUUUGAAGGUGUUUGAUGUUAGAGUGUGUAAGAGUUGUGAAAAGAAGCUUCCGGAAAAGUACUCUUUGUUGACAAAGACGGAAUGUAAGGAAGAUUACCUUCUCACAGACCCAGAGCUCAAAGAUGUCGACCUGCUACCCCACCUCCUCCGCCCAAAUCCUCAUGCAUCAACGUACAGCAAUAUGAUGUUAUUUCUACGAGAACAAGUUGAAAAAGUGGCAUUCCAGAAAUGGGGCGGGGAGGAAGGGUUAGAUAAUGAAUGGAAAAGGAGAGAAGAGUUCAAAAAGCGGAAGAGAGAGGAAAAGUUUGAGCAAGGAUUGAGAGAUCUUCGAAAACGGACGAGAAAUAACUUGUAUCAAAGAAAACAAGAAGCUCAACAUGUCCAUGAAUUUGAAGAUGUUGAGGAAGUGUACGACGAGCAAGAGCAGACGACUAAGUUGCUCCAAAGAUGUUUUGGGUGCGGUUCCGAGCAAGAGGUGGAGGUGCUUUGAGCUUGCUUGAUACGUUUUGUUGUAAGCAUGUACCGAGCUGUAUAAUGCGUCUCGCAGGAAAUUAUUUACAUUCUCUUUGGUUGCGGUCUCGAGGAUCAUAUCGUAUGCCAUAGUGACACAACAACACAACAACAAGCCAAAAGUAAAGUGGAGGCUGAUUACGCAAUGAUUCUUUCGUCCGUAGACGGAGAUGACCGCCCGGCAGUCAAAGGACCACAUGGUGAUUGAUGUCGUGUUUGAUAACACUUGAAAAAAUUGGCACUCGAAACAGAAUGGACUGUGAAAGCGAAGUAAGGAAGCUGGUACUUGUAUAUACAUAAUUAAUAAGUACCUCGUAGUGGGCAAUACCUGCCGAAAUGUAUGUGAAU